UCCGGUCGCGUAACCGGAACACCGGACGCCGCUCUUCCCCUACGGUGCCCGGAGAACUACCGGGACUGCGAUGGCGCUGGCGGGAGCGCUGAAGGGCGUCCGGGCGGCCUCCGCCGGCGGGCGGUUCCUGCGGGGCCUCUCGAGCUCGGCGGCGCUUCUGCAGAAGCCGGCGCAGGCGGACGGCGCUUUCCCGGUGACGCUGCUGCCGGGGGACGGCGUGGGCCCGGAGCUGAUGCACUCCGUCAAGGAGGUCUUCAAGGUGGCGGGCGUGCCGGUGCAGUUCGACGAGCACCACCUGAGCGAGGUGCAGAACCUGGCCUCGGAGGAGAUCCUGGACCAGGUGCUGGAGUCCAUGCAGAAGAGCAAGGUGGCCCUUAUCGGGAAGAUCCACACCCCCAUGGAGUACAAAGGGGAGCUGGCCUCCUAUGACAUGAGGCUCAGGCGCAAGCUCGACCUCUUUGCCAACGUGGUCCACGUGAGCAGCCUGCCUGGCUAUAAAACCCGGCACAACAACCUGGACCUGGUCAUCAUCCGUGAGCAGACGGAGGGCGAGUACAGCUCCCUGGAGCACGAGAGUGCAAAGGGGGUCAUCGAAUGCCUGAAGAUCAUCACGCGGGCCAAAUCUCAGCGCAUUGCCAAAUUUGCCUUUGAUUUUGCCACCAAGAAGGGGAGAAACAAGGUCACUGCUGUGCACAAGGCCAAUAUCAUGAAGCUGGGGGAUGGGCUCUUCCUCCGCUGCUGCGAGGAGGUGGCCGAGCUGUACCCCAAGAUCACCUUUGACACCAUGAUCAUCGACAACUGCUGCAUGCAGCUGGUGCAGAACCCUUACCAGUUUGACGUCUUGGUCAUGCCCAACUUGUACGGCAACAUCAUCGACAACCUGGCAGCCGGCCUGGUGGGAGGGGCUGGCGUGGUCCCAGGGGAGAGCUACAGCGCCGACUUCGCUGUGUUCGAGAUGGGCGCCCGUCACCCCUUUGCCCAGGCGGUCGGAAGGAACAUCGCCAACCCCACGGCCAUGCUGCUGUCCUCGGCCAACAUGCUGCGCCAUCUGAACCUGGAGCACCACUCGGCCAUGAUUUCAGACGCGGUGAAGAAGGUGAUCAAAAUGGGCAAGGUGCGGACGGCAGACAUGGGGGGCUACGCCACGUCCGACGACUUCACCCACGCCGUGAUUGCAGCUCUGGCGGAAUGAAAGGGGAUUCUUGCUCGCCGUGGCAGUUCCGGCUGCUUGGCUUUUUCUUCCUUUAUUUCUUCCUAAUUUAUGGUAUAAUUUAUUGCAU